AAUCGCAGGAAAUUGCGUGAAAGUUUAAAUAUUUUUCAUUUGUUUUCUUGUGUUUUCUUGCUUAAAAACUUUUAUCACACAUAAAAAGGCUAGUAAUGCCGCAAGCAGUUAAAAUUACGCCGGAAGAACUGUUGAAACUUCGCGAUGAUUGUAUGGAACGACUACGCGAAGCAAAAAUCCAUGAGUUGCGUAAUGAUGCUAAGUUGCGAGCGGUAAAUACAACUCAAACUUACGACGAAUUCAAAGACAUUGUGGAUGCUGCACAUUUGCAACCGGUAAGUAAGCGGGAUAAAAUGAAUGCGAAAACGAAGAGUCGUUUGUGGAAUUCAGCAGCACGUGAAGAAUAGGCUGAACUCACACACUUGUAUACACGUGCUUAAGGACGUACUAUAGAUGCAAAAAUAUGUAUGUACAUAUCGUCACUUUAAUUCACAAAGUCCAUAACCAACACUUUUCGAAACUGCGUUUUUCACAGAUUUUUGUAAAAAGUUGUAAAAUUUUAGCAAAAAUUGUAAAGUGAUAGUACCAAAAACAACGCAGUUAGAUGCCACUUUUGAAAAAGCCCUACCUGUUUUUGAUACUCUUUUUUCAUAACCUUUUUUGCUUCUCCUGCAAAAGAAAAAAAUUUGUUAACUAGGGCCUUUGUGAAUUAAGGUAACGAUAUAUAAUAAUAAUAGUUUUUAAAUAAACUAACUUUAUAUGAUGAUGAAUUUUAUUUGGAGGUAUGGUCAUAUUGACGGAGGAAGUUGGUUCAUAGAUAAUAUCUAACGAAGUUUUAUUGAAAAAUUUGGCUACUUUUAUGGAAAUCAAAUUAGUUAUAACCAGGGACCUAUUUCAUAAA